AUGCCUCCGAAAGGGACGAUAGCUAGAGAUUCGAUCCAAAAGAAAGAAGAUGAUAACACGUUAACUGCUGUCAUCGUUGCCGACCAUUACGAAACGCGCUUUGCGCCGUUUUUGAGCAAUCAGGGUCCUUGGUGCUUACAUCGUGUGUGCAAUGUUCCAAUCAUUGAUUUCACCAUUGAUUGGAUUCUCAGAACUGAGAUCAAUAAAAUAAUUCUGCUGGUAUCGGAAAAGAAUUUGGAUUAUCUGAAGCCAACAGAAGUAAGAUGGAGAACAUUCUUCGAACAAUUUCUUCUGAUCAGUUGCAGAGAUCCGGCAUCGAUUGGGGAUGCUUUGAGAGAAUUGGACUUACGGGCGAUCAUUUCUUCUGAUUUCCUGCUUAUCACAAACCCGGCAACAUUUACUAAUGCAACAUUAAGGCGGCAAGUGGAAAAUUUCCGAGCCAGACGAAAAGCUAAUCGCAACAAUGUGAUGACUCUAAUUUACUCAAGAUCAAGUCAUCCAGAGAAAGCAACAAUUGGAGUGAAAAAGGCUGAUGGAAAGCUGGUUCUCUACCAUCGAGCCGAUAAUCCUUCUAGGUUUGAUGUCGACAAGAAUUACUUCUUGGAUGACGUGGUUAUUCGCAACAAUGUUACCGAUACAGGAAUUGCCAUCUGUUCUGUAAACGUUCUUGUUCAAUUCAGCACAAACUUCGAUUUCAGAGGAAGAGAUGAUGCGAUUAGAGAAAUCCUUGCUAACGAGGAAAUCCUACUGCUUAACAUUCAUGUUGAUGUGCUAAAUGAAUCAGAAUGUGCUACCCAAAUCAAUGAUUACAAGUCGUACUUGACCGCCUCGGCUCUUUUAAUGGACCGAUGGCUUUAUCCACUUUGCCCCGAUAAUAUGUUUCAGCCUGAUGAGUACGUGUUUGUUUCAAAUGGACAAAAUAUGUAUUAUGGCGUUGAGAAGGAAAAGAUUGGAUCGCUUGCUGGAACUCAAAGCAAAGCAAUUCUUGGUUCAUGUUCAAUGGUUGGAGCUAGUUGUAAAAUUGAGCAAGCCGUUAAAGUUGUUGGUUCGGUCGUGGGCGACGGCACGACGAUUGGGCUUGGCACACGAAUACGAAAUUGCAUAAUUGGGCGUAACUGUCGAAUCGGAAGGGGAUGUUUGCUAGAAAAUGCUAUCAUCGGCGACUCAGUUACGAUUCCAAAUGGAUAUCAACUGGAGAAAUAUGCUAUUCUUUCAUCAAAUCUUCGAAUGCCCGCUGAUCCGCUGAACAGAAGUGUUGCUGGAUAUGCUCUAUGCACGUUUGCUCCAGAUGAAGACGACGAAGGUCUCGAUUUUGAUAGAGUUGAUGGAGGAUUUUAUUUAUGGAAGCUUUCAUCGGGAUAUUCAAUGUGGUCGAAAGAAGUGAAGCUUGGUAAUGGGGCUGAAGAUGUAUUUUCACACGCCGAUUCUGUUGAUGAAAAUGUGCUAACGGAUGAAGAAAGUAGUCCAGAAACAGCUGAAGCUGAGCCGGUCGCCGUUUUUCAAGAAGAGAUUUUCGACAGCAUGACUCGAAUACUGGAGUUAUCAUUUACGCCGCAAUUGAUGAACAAUCUAAUUCUUGAAAUCAAUUCUUCCAAACUCGCAAAUAACAUUUCGAUGGAGGAUGUGGCAAAAUACGCCUUCAAGACAUUUAUUCUUCUAAACGCAUGCAAAACCUUUAUUGGUUUUAAAGAGUUGGCUUUAAAAUGGAAAGGCCUUUUCACGAAUUACUACAAGCCUCAAAAGAGUCAAGUACAAAUGCUCAUGGCUAUAGAAGAACGUUUCGGUGCCCAAAAUGAAGAUUUCAACAAAGCGCUACCAAACAUGGUUCAUUUUCUCUAUACCGAGACCGGAUUGGGGAUCCUUGAAGCGCCAGCUAUAUUGGAGUGGCACGAAAGUCUUGAUGCGAGCUCCCCAAUCAGGACUUUAAUGAAGCGAAUCAUUGAUUGGUUAAAAGAAGAAAGUGAGGAAGAAGAUGAUGAUGAUGAA